ACAAUAUGUCUUAUAUUCAACACAAAGUGCUAUUCUUUCAACAACAGCCGAGACAAUUUUACCUCCAGAGUCCCAUAAUCCUCCACUGAAGAAAACAUCCAUGUAGACGCAGAUGACGUGUCUGCUCUGUCGCUGCAGAAAACGUAUCUAGGUUAGAUAGAUAGCUACGAAGGAAGACCAAUACCAGCUAGCUAACGUUAGCUACCUUAUGUCAACUGUCCUACCUAGUAAAUUCAAAUGCCAGCUAACCUGUCACCCCCUGUGUAGACAGAUAUUAACGUUACUCCAAGAAACGUUUAGCUAACUAGGUUCGUCGAGAGAAGAGGAAAAUGUGCGCCCUGCACAGAGCGAGAGGCUCUGUUUUGGUGAUCUUCCUUCUGCUACACAGCGCUACAAGUUUCUAUCUUCCGGGUCUGGCCCCUGUUAGUUUUUGUGAACCAGGACAAGCUGGGAAAGAGAAUGAAGUACCGGACUGUAAGGUAGUUAGAUCUAAAAUACACAGGGCCUUGUGUUAAGCUUGUAGAAUGAAACCGUCGGCGCUAUCUUCCUUCUAAAUAUCAACUGGCCAGCUGGCAAGUAAAGCUAACUACCAGUUAACUUGCUAGCUAGCUGUUAACGUUAGCAUUCUGAAACUCCUUGGAAGGGGUCAAAAUAGCUUGCUGUUUUAGCUUUCCAGCUUCAACGGUAACCGUCAUAAUGAUGAAUAGCUAGGUAUUAUAAUCUAAAUGUAGCUAGCUAGUUAGAACCAGUGUUGUUGGCAUGGCUAGCCAGCCAACUAGUCACAGUAGCUAUCCGUAUUGCAUAUUGGUCGCUAGCUAGCUAAUUAGCACCCCCUACGAGCUAGUUGGGCUACUACUUGUGAGACAACUGCUUAACUUGUGUUGUAGAUGGCUAAUUAGUUAAUCCAUACUUUUGAUCAGAAGUUACUUGUCAUUAAAAUGUAUAAAUUUGUCCCAAAUUCCAUAUUAUCCUAAUCUAAAAGAGAGCUGUCAACUGCAUGAGUUGUUCUUUGAGGAAGGCAUGCACUAACAGGGCCUGAACAACUAGUAAGAAUCAAUUCCAGUGCAGAACAGGACAUUAAAAAAAUCCUGUAAAGUUAUGUAGCCCUCCUCCUCCCUCCCGUCUCAGAUCUCUAGUCAUUAGCCUAGUUGGCCCUGGGGGGAAAUGAAUGCCUUUGAGAAAAAACAGCUGUAACGUGUGCAGUAUUGUAGAUGUUGUUGCAGAUUUUGUCGUCUACCAUUUUGAGAAAAUAAUAACUGCUUUUGAUUGUUUUGCAGUCGACCAUCGAGAUAUUUGUGAACAGAUUGGAUUCUGUGGAGUCUGUCUUGCCCUAUGAAUACACUGCGUAAGUACAUCAGGAACAACAACGUCUUAUCUGUGUCUCAGUCUUGCUGCAGAAGGCUAUGGGUUUGGUGCUAUUGGACAAUGUUCUUAUUGUGUAGAUGCAGACUUAGUCUAUUCCCUAUAUAGUGCACUACUUUUGACCAGCGUCCUAUGGGCCCUGGUCAAAAGUAGUGUACUGUGUAAGGAAUAGGGUGCCAUUUGGGAUACGGACAUGGGUUAGGAACAUGAUGAAGUCAGCCAGGUAGGACUAGGCGCAAAGGUUCACUAGUGGAACUGUCUGAUAGACUAGACAUGCAUGUCAUAUCAGCAUCUCUCUGUCACUCACCAUCCUCUCUUGACUCUUUCUACUGCUCGUUCACUUUAUAGCAGCUCCAGCGAUAUCCAAUGGAGACUGGCAUGUAAUGGUCUAGGAAUUAUGAGGCCCGUAGACGAUAUUAAUACUAUAUUGCAGUGCUUAACUUGGGCAGGAGCUCACCGGAGCUGUGUACCGGCACCUCAACAUUUCUACUGCUUGAGUUCCUGUUCCUCUUAUAGAAUAUUAGCACAAAAAGUAUUGUGGAGCUCCUGCACCUAAAUACAAACAGUACCAGCACCUAUUUCAGUCCAAGUCGAGCACUGCUCUAUUGCAGUAGUACUGCUUCAACAAAAUGGCUGCCUUAUGUUUAAGAUUAGCUGAAUCAUGUUUUGGAGAGAUAUAGUCAAUAGAAGAUAUAGAUAUUGGCUUUAGUCAAAGAAACAGACCACCUAAAACCAGUUUCAGGGCUUACUCUGGAUCUGAAAACUCCAAUGGCAUUAAAUCAAAGAUGGGGUAGAUAAACGAUAAAACUCCAAUGGCAUUAAAUCGAAGAUGGGAUACUUUGAUAACGAUAGCUUCUUAGUGUUGUUGUGUGACAUCUGAAUUACUUUAUUUAUCUUUAACCUGAGAUAAAUGUGAUACUAGAGGCCUGAGCAUGCUAAGCCACAGGAGCUGUUCUGUCACGCCGUUAGAGGACUUCUAGGUAGUCGACACUAAUGGCCCUUUUCCACUGAGGGGUUGUGGAGAUGGUCAGGGGACUGUAAUUGAAGUGACAUCGCAGUGUUAAGUGUGCGUGAGAAAUGUGACCUUUUAAUGUUAGCUUGCUGUGUGACUGAGAAAAGAGCGAGAGGAUGGGUUGUUGUUGAAAUAGAAUUAUGGGUAUUAGAGAAAAAGGAUCAGCAACGGAUGGUUUAAAAAUAGGAAGACGAUAUGCUACAGUCUGUGAACCGGAGUAUAAAUCAUAUGUUGUGUUAAUGUUUGUGUCUUGUUGUUGUGGGAACUCUCAGGGCAUGUUCAUCUUGUUAUGAGCUGUGUUGGUGUUGCUGAAACAGAACGUUUGUCUUAUCCCUGUUUCUCUCCUUGUGUUCCCCAGGUUUGAUUUCUGCACUAUCGACUCCGAGAAGCGCCCGUCUGAGAAUUUGGGUCAGGUUUUGUUCGGCGAGAGAAUUGAGCCCUCUCCCUACAAGGUGGGUGAUGUACAGUGUGUACACACACACACACACUGUUUAAUAUCCUGUUGGUAUUACAUUUCAAAUCUCAUUACAAUGUUCUGCACCUUCAUACCUAACCCUGAAUGAACAACUCCCCCUUCGCUGUGGUGUGUGCAGUCUGUACCUACAUACAAAAUCAGGGAUGGGCAACUGAUGGGGCUGGUGGCCACAAAAUAAAUCAGAACUCAUCAUGAGGUGCUGCAGUUGCUCGCAGGUCUGCGUACCCACAUCCAUACCAACCCCGGAUAACAAGUUUAGAUAGCUUGCCGCAAAACUAACUUAGCAAACUAAAAUAUGUUCGCUGACAUGGGCUGAUUGGCUGACCAUCACUGACUGACAUAACAAGAGGAAAACUGCUGAUGCACAACCAAAUUUGAAAUUGCACCUUGUGUAUUCUACUGUUCUAACUCGUAACAGUAAGUUGAGACCCCGACUGAGUUCCUAAAAACUGAUCCGACGACCAUCCCUUCCCUGUUCUAAAUCAUUGUAUUGUCUGUGUGUUGAAGCUUGAGUUCAUGAAGAAGGAAGAAUGUAAGCCGGUGUGUACUAAAUCGUACGACACCAACAAGCCAGAAGACAAAGCCCACCUGGACUUUCUGAAGAAAGGCAUGCUGCUCAACUACCAGCACCACUGGUAAGAUAUUCAUACUGCUAACUACCAGCACCGCUGGUAAGAUAUUCAUACUGCUAACUACCAGCACCGCUGGUAAGAUAUUCAUACUGCUAACUACCACGCCACUGGUAAGAUAUUCAUACUGCUAACUACCAGCACCACUGGUAAGAUAUUCAUACUGCUAACUACCAGCACCACUGGUAAGAUAUUCAUACUGCUAACUACCACGCCACUGUUAAGAUAUUCAUACUGCUAACUACCACGCCACUGGUAAGAUAUUCAUACUGCUAACUACCACGCCACUGGUAAGAUAUUCAUACUGCUAACUACCACGCCACUGAUAAGAUAUUCAUACUGCUAACUACCACGCCACUGGUAAGAUAUUCAUACUGCUAACUACCACGCCACUGGUAAGAUAUUCAUACUGCUAACUACCACGCCACUGGUAAGAUAUUCAUACUGCUAACUACCAGCACCGCUGGUAAGCUAUUCAUACUGCUAACUACCAGCACCGCUGGUAAGAUAUUCAUACUGCUAACUACCAGCACCACUGGUAAGAUUUUCGUACAGCUAACUACCAGAACCACUGGUAAGAUUUUCGUACAGCUAACUACCACGCCACUGGUAAGUUAGUCAUACUGCUAACUACCAGCACCGCUGGUAAGAUAUUCAUACUGCUAACUACCACACCACUGGUAAGAGACCAAUUCUUCGUCUUGUGAAACAGACUCAGAUCUCCUUUUCCUCUGAAUUGAGAUGGGAACACACAUUUCCCAUAAAUGAAGUCUAGAGUUCACAAGAUGGGAUUGAACCCCGACUUCAGACACCUGCACUGACUCAUGUGCCACUAGGUGGCGAGCUUGGCUUGUAUUGUCCUCUGACCCCAAGGACACCACUGACCCAAUCCCAAAGUUAGGCACUUGUGGAGAUCUGAGAGGAUGUGAUUGGUAUAGGCCAGGGGUAGGCAACUAGAUUCAGCCACAGACUGAUUGUUGUCGGAGAGGAUGGUCGGGGGGCCAGAACAUAAUUAUAAUAAUUUAUACACUGCAAAUUGACCAUAACUAAGCCCAAAAAGAGAUUGUAUUUGAAAAUAAAAUCCUGUUUCUACCUCCUCUCCUGUAGGAUAGUGGACAACAUGCUUUAACCCUGUGUCUACCUCCUCUCCUGUAGGAUAGUGGACAACAUGCUUUAACCCUGUGUCUACCUCCUCUCCUGUAGGAUAGUGGACAACAUGCUUUAACCCUGUGUCUACCUCCUCUCCUGUAGGAUAGUGGACAACAUGCUUUAACCCUGUGUCUACCUCCUCUCCUGUAGGAUAGUGGACAACAUGCUUUAACCCUGUGUCUACCUCCUCUCCUGUAGGAUAGUGGACAACAUGCUUUAACCCUGUGUCUACCUCCUCUCCUGUAGGAUAGUGGACAACAUGCUUUAACCCUGUGUCUACCUCCUCUCCUGUAGGAUAGUGGACAGCAUGCUUUAACCCUGUGUCUACCUCCUCUCCUGUAGGAUAGUGGACAACAUGCUUUAACCCUGUGUCUACCUCCUCUCCUGUAGGAUAGUGGACAACAUGCUUUAACCCUGUGUCUACCUCCUCUCCUGUAGGAUAGUGGACAACAUGCUUUAACCCUGUGUCUACCUCCUCUCCUGUAGGAUAGUGGACAACAUGCUUUAACCCUGUGUCUACCUCCUCUCCUGUAGGAUAGUGGACAGCAUGCUUUAACCCUGUGUCUACCUCCUCUCCUGUAGGAUAGUGGACAACAUGCUUUAACCCUGUGUCUACCUCCUCUCCUGUAGGAUAGUGGACAACAUGCUUUAACCCUGUGUCUACCUCCUCUCCUGUAGGAUAGUGGACACAUGCUUUAACCCUGUGUCUACCUCCUCUCCUGUAGGAUAGUGGACAACAUGCUUUAAACCCUGUGUCUACCUCCUCUCCUGUAGGAUAGUGGACAACAUGCUUUAACCCUGUGUCUACCUCCUCUCCUGUAAGAUAGUGGACAGCAUGCUUUAACCCUGUGUCUACCUCCUCUCCUGUAGGAUAGUGGACAGCAUGCUUUAACCCUGUGUCUACCUCCUCUCCUGUAGGAUAGUGGACAACAUGCCAGUGACCUGGUGUUAUGAUGUGGAGGAUGGACAGAAGUUCUGUAACCCAGGGUUCCCCAUCGGCUGCUACGUCACAGAGGCCGGACGACCCAAAGACCCUGUGUUGUCAAUGUGAGUCAAUUCAUAUCCUGUGUUGUCAAUUCAUAUCCUGUGUUGUCAAUGUGAGUCAAUUCAUAUCUUGUGUUGUCAAUGUGAGUCAAUUCAUAUCCUGUGUGUGGAGGUCAGGCCUCUGAGUCGGGCAAUUUGUUGUCAGUUGAACUUUUUGCUAGAUAGACAUAACACAUUAAAAUACUUGUAAUAAGACAUUAUAAAGGCUUAUACAUGCUUAUAACACGUUACAAACAAGUUAUAAAGCACAUAACUGACUUUUUCCUCUCUCCAGUCUGACUUUAAUGUCAAAGACACGUUCUACAUCUUCAACCAUGUGGACAUCACCAUCCACUACCAUGUGGUGGAGCACGAGGCUGCCGGGGCGAGACUGGUUGCUGCCAAGAUGGAGCCCAAGAGGUAGGAGGACAACCGGUCGGUCACUUAGGGGCCAAUCUGGCACUUAGUCACGCAUUGAUGUCAAGUUAGAAUUCACCCCUUAGGGUUAUCUAGUUCUUAUCAAAUCAUUCUUCAUUUCUCAAGUCUCCAUAAAUUGUUCAUUCUUAGCUAAUGUGUUUUUCUACUCAAAGUAAUGAUUUCUCUCUUUAAUACAUAAAGUAUUUAUUUAUUUUGACUUAACUUAUUCAGAGAUUUUCAUUGUUCCCCUCUCUUCCCCUUCCCUCCUCUCCUCUCUUCCCCCUCCCUCCCUCCUCUCCUCCUCCCCCUCUCCUCUCUUCCUCCUAUCCUCCUCCCCCUCUCCUCUCCUCCUCCCCCUCUCCUCUCUUCCUCCCCCUCUCCUCUCUUCCUCCUCCUCCUCCCCCUCUCCUCUCCUCCUCUCCUCCUCCCCCUCUCCUCUCUUCCUCCUCCUCCUCCCUCUCUCCUCUCUUCCUCCUCCUCCUCCCCCUCUCCUCUCUUCCUCCUCCUCCUCCCCCUCUCCUCCUCUCCUCUCCUCUCUUCCUCCUCCUCCUCCCCCUCUCCAAAGCUAUAAACACACCAAAGUGGAGGCCCCUGACUGUACAGGAGGCCCCAUGUACCUGAACAACAAGUUCAGUGGAGAGCUGAAGAUUGGCUACACCUACUCUGUCCAGUUUGUGGUAUGUUUCUUAACCCCAUGGAAGUGGGAAUGCCUCUGUUUGUGUGUGACACCAGGUUCAAUCCCUGGUUUCCAACGUGCCAUAACGCCGGUUAGCCCACUGAGCUAAAGCCUAGACAUAAGAAGCUUGGGGAUCUAAUGAAAGUCGUCAGGUCUCAGCAGAGGUUAGUCAUGCCCUCUGUGCAGACGGUGUAAUGUAAAUGCUGUGGUUGCAUCUGUAGGAGGACAAGCACAUCAGAUGGGCGUCACGUUGGGACUACAUUCUGGAGUCCAUGCCCCACACCAACAUUCAGUGGUUCAGGUGACACGCACUCACACACACACACACGCGCGCACACACACACACACACACACACACACACACACACACACACCUUCUAUCUCUAACCCAUUGUGUAUUGUCUUGUUCCCCAGCAUCAUGAACUCUCUGGUGAUCGUUCUGUUCCUUUCUGGCAUGGUGGCCAUGAUCAUGUUGAGGACUCUACAUAAAGACAUUGCCAGAUACAACCAGAUGGACUCUGUGGUGAGUCUGGUGAAUCCUCCAUAAUAAUACAGCUGAUAUAUUUAAGUCCCAGUCCACCAUGUUGAUUUGUGGGAGGUGUCACAUAUGAGGGCUCUUUCUGUGUGACACUGGCAAGGGUUGUCCAGUGCACACAGACAGACACACACACACACACACACGUCCCUGAUGAGGAGUGACAGGGCGGUGGUCUGGUCUCCUUGGUCUACUGAUCCGGUACAGACACACACAGACAGAACAUGACCCCAACAACUGUAGCUCCAAGCUCUGAUUGGCUCUUUGUACUGAGGCCAGCCAGCUGGUGGAGGCUUUGGUUAUGACCUUGGAGUGUGUGUGUGACCUUGUGUCCUCUCCUCUAUCCAUCUCUCCUCUCCUCUAUCCAUCUCUCCUCUCCUCUAUCCAUCUCUCCUCUAAUCCAUCUCUCCUCUCCUCUCCUCUAAUCCAUCUCUCCUCUCCUCUCCUCUAUCCAUCUCUCCUCUCCUCUAUCCUCUCUCCUCCUCUCCUCUUCCUCUCUCCUCUCCUCUCCUCUCCUCUCCUCUCCCUCUCCUCUCCUCUAUCCAUCUCUCUCCUCUCCUCUAUCCACCUCUCCUCUCCUCUAUCCAUCUCUCCUCCUCUCCUCUAUCCAUCCUCUCCUCUCCUCUAUCCUCUCUCCUCUCCUCUUCCCUCUCCUCUCCUCUAUCCAUCUCUCCUCUCCUCUCCUCUAUCCAUCUCUCCUCUCCUCUAUCCACUCCCCUUUCCUCUCUAUCCAUCUCUCCUCUACCUCUCCUCUAUCCAUCUCUCCUCUCCUCUAUCCAUCUCUCCUCUCCUCUCCUCUAUCCACCUCUCCUCUCCUCUAUCCAUCUCUCCUCUCCUCUAUCCACCUCUCCUCUCCUCUAUCCAUCUCUCCUCUCCUCUCCUCUAUCCAUCUCUCCUCUCCUCUAUCCAUCUCUCCUCUCCUCUCCUCUAUCCACCUCUCCUCUAUCCAUCUCUCCUCUCCUCUAUCCAUCUCUCCUCUCCUCUAUCCAUGUCUUCUCUCCUCUAUCCAUCUCUCCUCUCCUCUAUCCAUCUCUCCUCUCCUCUAUCCAUCUCUCCUCUACCCUCCAUUUCUCUAUCUCCAGGAAAACUGACAGCAGAUGUUCUCUAGGAGGGCUUGUGGGGGUCACUAGGGGUGACAUGUAUCUAUAUAACCCCCCCCCCCCAGCACCUCUCACACCCGACCCCCUCCCCUACAACAUGUAUUGUAGUCCCUGUCUGUCUGUGUCUCCGAGAUCAAAGUCAUUAUUUCAGCAGCUCGGUCCCUUCAGCCCCUCCCCCUAGCGAUCACACUCCCAUCAGCCCCUCCUCCUAGUGAUCAGACUGACAGGUAGCGUCACUGCGGCGACCAGCCUGCUCGUGUUCCAACCCUCUGAAGUCUAUCACCGCUAAUUGACAUGGAGGCCAGUCUCAUUUUUUUAUUUUAUUUUUUUGGAGGGAGCCCACUCCCUCAUCUUCUCCCCCCUGUUAUUUCCUGCUGGGUUACCCACUCACACCCACUCACACCCUCCAUGUCCUCAUCAUUUGGCCUGAACGUUCUUGCUGUUUGUAAGGGUCUUUUUAUAGUGAGAGAUGUGGUGAUAAAGAUCUGUUGUUAUUACAUACGAUAAAUACACUUGAAACUGAAACAAACUGAAACUCUUGUCCACCCCUCCUCUCCUCCUCCCUCUCUUCUGGUCCUUUCAGGAGGAUGCCCAGGAGGAAUUUGGCUGGAAGCUGGUCCAUGGAGAUGUGUUCCGGCCUCCUAGGAAAGGCAUGCUGCUCUCUGUCUUUCUGGGAUCAGGAACUCAGAUCUUCAUCAUGAUUUUCGUCACUCUCAGUGAGUUCUAGAAUCUGGAACACUGUGUUUCUGUCCACCUGUUGAAGACUUGUUGACUGAGUUCUACACCUGUCCAGACCCUUUAUUUGGCAUUCACCAAAAACAAAUUAGCAGGGUAGCAUAUGGUAGAGAGAAAGUAAUUAGUACUUAGUUACUUCUUCCCUGAAAGUAGGACUAGUGUUUUAAGUUGUUUAAUGUAUUCACUGACAGUCAUCUUAGUUAUUUAAUGUAUUAACAGACAGUCAUCUUAAUUAUUGAAUGUAUUAACUGACAGUCAUCUUAGUUAUUUAAUGUAUUUACUGACAGUCAUCUUAAUUAUUUAAUCAUUCAGUAGCAGCAAAGGACCAACACAAUAAUAACACACAGUUCAGUCAAAACAAAUAGUAUGUUGUUUAUUUCUAAUCCAUAUACAUUGUGUUCCUCUUGUCCAGUCUUUGCCUGCCUGGGCUUCCUGUCCCCGGCUAACCGCGGUGCUCUGAUGACGUGUGCCGUGGUGCUCUGGGUCCUACUGGGCACACCAGCUGGCUACGUAGCUGCCCGCUUCUACAAGUGUAAGUGAACAUUGGGCCGAGUGGACAGGGUCACGACCCCAACUUGACCCUGAACAGUCGACCAGUCACGACCCAUCUGGGCUGGAGGGUAGCUCGUUAGGCCCAAUCAGUGUUAGCUGGGAGGGGAGGGGGGGGGUCUGGGGGAGCGAUAGUGGUCUCUGUGUCAGUUACUGGUUCAGUGAUCUGUAGAGGCAUGUAGCAGUAGGGGGUCCCCCCAAUCCAACCCCAACCCUCCCUAGCAAUACAUGCUCUAUGGCCUGAAUCCCCCCUCCCUGCUGAAGGCUAUAUGCCUAAACACCUUGGAAGGAAAGGAAGAUGUUUGAAUUUUCAAGAGACGUCCAUUGUUUUGUCUUCCAAGAGUUGCUGAAUGUUUCUCUUCCGUCUGCUCUCUCUAUGAUGUCACAGCCUUUGGGGGUGAGAAAUGGAAGACUAACGUCCUGCUGACUUGCUUCCUGUGUCCUGGGUGAGUAUGACUUUACAUUGGUUGAUGAGGUCGACAUUAGUUUGUGGUUACGGUCAGGAGUUUUUCCUGAUUAAAACAACCUCUGGGCUCUAUUUAUGGUUUAUGUUGAUAGUCUUUGAUAACCUCCUCCCAGGUUAUAUCUUCCUCUGUAAUCUGUGGUCACGUUGGUUUGCAGCUCUCUGUUCUCCCUCCUCCCAGGGUUGUUAGUUGACUUCUAUUGGUCUGUCUCUGUGUUCAGGGUUGUGUUCGCUGAUUUCUUUGUGAUGAAUCUGAUCCUGUGGGGAGAGGGCUCCUCUGCAGCCAUGCCCUUUGGCACCCUGGUGGCCAUCUUGGCACUGUGGUUCUGUAUCUCUGUCCCCCUCACCUUCAUAGGGGCCUACUUCGGCUUCAAGAAGACCGUGAGUACAAACACACCUCAGUAUGUGAAUACACUCUGUCACACACACACACAAGUCUGUGUGUAUCACAUACCUCUCAUUCUCCUCCCCUCUCUCGUGUAUUUCAGGGGAUUGAGCACCCUGUGCGGACCAAUCAGAUCCCUCGUCAGAUCCCGGAGCAGUCGUUCUACACCAAGCCUCUCCCAGGGAUCGUCAUGGGGGGGAUCCUCCCCUUCGGCUGCAUCUUCAUCCAGCUCUUCUUCAUCCUCAACAGCAUCUGGUGCGUCUCUCAGCUGAACUACCCUGCAGAUGCUUUAGUUCUGUUUUGUGACUGCUACACCAGCAGCUUGUCAUGAAGGCAGAAUGAGGCCGUGAGGUGAAAGGUGAAAGGGAAGGGGCGAGGUUUGGGGAAGUGUGAACGGGGUUGAGUCACUAACUGACUAUGGCUCUGUAGAUUGGCUGGUGGUUGGAGUAAAGGAGAGGGCAGUGUGUUUUAAAGGUUGGCUAGUGGUUGGAGUAAAGGAGAGGGCAGUGUGUUUUAAAGGUUGGCUAGUGGUUGGAGUAAAGGAGAGGGCAGUGUGUUUUAAAGGUUGGCUAGUGGUUGGAGUAAAGGAGAGGGCAGUGUGUUUUAAAGGUUGGCUAGUGGUUGGAGUAAAGGAGAGGGCAGUGUGUUUUGAAGGGUUAUCUUUAUGAUGAAUGGUUUUGUGUCCCACCAGGUCCCACCAGAUGUACUACAUGUUUGGUUUCCUGUUUCUGGUGUUCAUCAUCCUGGUAAUCACCUGCUCUGAGGCCACCAUCCUCCUCUGCUACUUCCACCUCUGUGCUGAGGUGAGACCACACACACACCAUCCUACUCUGCUACUUCCUCCUGUGUGCAGAGGUGAGACCACACACACACACACCAUCCUACUCUGAUACUUCCUCCUCUGUGCUGAGGUAAGACCAUCUGAGUAUUUCCUGGUUGGGUCACGUGACCAAUGGCAAUAGUGCUCUUAAUGACGAGGAUGAAGGGACUGUUUCUCAAAUCAUCUUUCCUUGAUUCCUCACAGCUUCUCUCCUUGAAAGAGAAGGUCCAAAACAAGGGACCUCGGACCUUCUUCUCCAGUUGAGAAGAAGGGGAGACAUAGGAUGAAAGGAAUAGCAGAAAGUUUAAUUAAGGGAGAGCUACGUUUCUUAAUUGUCUUAUUUCCAUCAGGACUAUCACUGGCAGUGGCGUUCCAUCCUGACCAGUGGUCUUGUCUUAGUGAAGAUGUUAUAAACACAGAGAUAUCUAACUGUUCUCUCUCUCUCCAUCAGGACUACCACUGGCAGUGGCGUUCCAUCCUGACCAGUGGUCUUGUCUUAGUGAAGAUGUUAUAAACACAGAGAUAUCUAACUGUUCUCUCUCUCUCCAUCAGGACUACCACUGGCAGUGGCGUUCCAUCCUGACCAGUGGUCUUGUCUUAGUGAAGAUGUUAUAAACACAGAGAUAUCUAACUGUUCUCUCUCUCUCCAUCAGGACUACCACUGGCAGUGGCGUUCCUUCCUGACCAGUGGUUUCACGGCCGUCUACUUCCUGGUCUAUGCCAUCCACUACUUCUUCUCCAAGCUCCAGAUCACAGGAUUGGCUAGCACCAUCCUCUACUUCGGUUACACCAUGAUCAUGGCUCUCAUCUUCUUCUUAUUCACAGGUAGGUAGCGGGGGUGGGGGGGGGUGGGGCAUCAUACUGUAGCUUGCCAUGAAGAGUUUGGACCAGGUUGGAGGACAGAGGGUAUCCUCAUUAGUCCAGUUCAAUGGACUGGACCAAAUAGGAGCGUGCUUCCUCCAACCCUGCCCAUCGUGCUGCCUGCCUGCCUGCCUGCCUGCCUGGGGUUUAGGUUGAGGUGCAGCUCUCUGUGUUUUGCCUGCACUGACACACAGACUCAGUCGGAUGGUGGGAUUGACAAAUCGCCCGUGGAAAAUGUGAUUUUCAUGUUCUCUCUCUCUCUCUCUCUCUCUCUCUCUCUCUCUCUCUCUGUCUCAGGAACGAUUGGAUUCUUUGCCUGUUUCUGGUUCGUCACCAAGAUCUAUAGCGUAGUGAAGGUGGACUGA